UGAAAAUGUGCGCAUGGUGAUGUGAUCUACAGACUUUGCGAAGAUCUGACUGUAAUACAGAGAUGAAAAGCACCGGAUGUGCGAGAGCAGUGCGCAGUAGCACUCAAAGCCAGUUGUGUAGUAAGUCACCGACCAUGACGCGCCGGAGUGCCUUUACGAGAGCAAGAUGUCCUUAGUUACCAAAUAAAUACACCAACCAGCGAUAUUUUAGAGGGAAAAUAAUUAUGUUUUAGUCGCCUUUUGUUAUAUUUUGGAUACAAAAGGGCCAACAAAGGUGAGUGAGAGAACAAGUUACGAGUUCUUCAAAAACGAAGCGAUGGAGGAGCAGCAGAACACCACAGACGGCAGCGAGGGAGAGAGUGUUUCACGGUCUCCCAGCCUGCCUUCGCCUCCCAUACGGCCUCUGCAGGUCGCCCAGCUGGCCCACAGAACCACCAACUUUUUCAUCGACAACAUUUUACGGCCUGACUUUGGCUGCAAGAAGGAGCACGGCCUGUGUCAUCGGGAGAGGGCGCAGACAUCAGACCGGGAACAGGUACACCCGGCGGUCAGCAGGCCGAGCCUUCCCGGGACGCCGUGCCAGGACUCUAAUUGCAGCAGUGACAGCACUUCGUCCUCCACCUCUUCCGCCUCUUUGGCGAGUCCCAAACAGAGUAACGGCUGCGUUGGAAGAACCGUCUCCACAGAGAACAGCGGCAUGAAAGCCGAGGAUAGAACUAGCGGCGGGGCCGGGGGAGAGAACACGUCCUCGUCGCUUGUGGUGCUGAACGGAACCGGGGCGUCCACACCGGAGAGCCAGCCCUUGCUCUGGCCUGCUUGGGUGUACUGCACCCGAUACUCGGACAGGCCUUCAUCUGGCCCAAGGACACGGAAACUGAAAAAGUCAAAAAGCGGCAAAGAGGACAAGAGGCCGCGUACGGCCUUCACGGCCGAGCAGCUGCAGAGACUAAAGACGGAGUUCCAGGUGAACCGCUACAUCACGGAGCAGCGGCGCCAGGCUCUGGCCCAGGAGCUCAACCUCAACGAGUCCCAGAUCAAAAUCUGGUUCCAGAACAAGAGGGCCAAGAUCAAAAAGGCCAGCGGAUUCAAGAAUGGUCUGGCGCUGCAGUUGAUGGCGCAGGGACUAUACAACCAUUCCACCACCACCAUCCAGGAGGACAAGGAGGAGGACAGCGACUGAGGAGCGCAGGGGACUCUCUUCACACUCUGUACAAUGUAAAUACAUGCAGUACGUCUAAUUUAAUGACGAGGACGGGUCCGGAACGUCUCCCCACUACACCACCGUGUCCUCCUCUUCCAAAAUGACUAUCCAGCAGACUCUUCAGACUGACCUGCCACCGCAAAACCAAAGAGAUUUUAUCGUAAAAAAGAGCUUGGACACGAACAGUAGAAAAGACGCUUGUUGCUACUGCUGCCUCGCAGACGCCGAACACCGAGACCAGCCACCAGGCAUUCAUUGCUCAUCACAUUUAGGUUUUGUUGUUUUUCUCUACAAAUUAAAAUUUACACACUUAAAGUAUCGAAAAGAAACAA